CUCCUAGAAUACUUCACCAAGGGCGGCCCGAUCAACAAGGAAUUGUUCCUAAAUACUCUUCAAGCGAACCCGGGCGCGGCGGCCGACGUCGACCCGAAGACCGGCAACACGCCGCUGCACUUCGUCUGCUGCAACGGCGCGCCCCGCGACCUCGUCGAGCCGCUGCUGACCGCAAAUCCGGGUGCCGCCGCGACGGCGGACCUCGACGGCUUCCUGCCCCUCGUCGGCGCGCUCAGCUGCGGCGCGGCCGCGGACGUCGUCGACCUCUUACUGGCGGCGCACCCCGGGGCGGCCAGUUGCAUGGUCCAAGGCCGCACGCCCCUCCACUACGCCGUGUCCCACGGCUGCGACGUGCGCGUCACCAAGGCCCUCGUCCGCCUCUUCCCGGACGUGUGCGCCUGUGUGGAAAUCAAAUUUUACGGCGCGUUCGUCCUGAAUCGCCGCGUCGACCUCGACGCCAUCGACGCGAGACCUGCUCGAUGGCGUGGCGAUGUCGGUUCCUCACCGCUCGACGGAACCAGCGCGACCGCGUCAUCGCCGACUCGACGCCGAGAAAUGACUUAGUGAAGAAUAGUGCACCCGACACACUGGUUGAUUCCCACACAGGCGUGCGCGACGCGCGACGCCGACGGCAACGCGCCCCUCCACUUCGCGCUAGUGCGCUGCGCGGCGCCGGAGGUCGUCGACGUGCUCGUGCGCGCCCGGCCCGGCGCCUGUGGCCAGCGGGGCUUCCUCGGCCGCCUGCCGCUCCAGCUCGCGAAGCUCUACGGCGCGGCCCCAUCCACGUUAGAAGUCCUAACGGACGCCUACCCCGGCGCCGCCGACUGCGACAAGCCGGCCAUCACGCAGCGCACGACGCCGCCCCGCACCCGGCCGUCGAAGCGCAAGGGCGCGGCCGCGCGCCGGCCGUCGAAGCGCGUCGCGCGCACGGUCACGCCGCCGGACCUGCACAACGUCGUCCCGCCCUUCGACGACGACUACGACGCCCUCGGCCUCGGCGCGGGCUGCGGCUGGCUCGACGACAUCUUCGACGAGGGCCACGCGCUCCAGCCGUCGUACGAGGAGUCCCUCGAGGACCUCGGGCUCGACGAGGUCAAGGCGCGCUGCGCGGCGGCGGGCCUCGACACGACGGUGCGCAAGACCGACGGCGAGCCGGGCAAGGGCCGCUUCAAGCGCGUGCUGGUCGCGCGGCUCCUCGCGUCCGCGGCGGCGGCGCGCACCGUGCGCGACGUGUCGCCGGACGCGUCGCCGCGGGCCGUCGCGUGCGUGUGA